UACAAGGUGGAAACCUCUGUGGACUUCAAACUGUUCUUCAGCAAUGUGCACAGAGAUCAUUUUCUUACGAUUGGAAUAUUGGUAGAAGUUUACCUUAAAAAGUAGACUUAAUACUAAAACUCCAACCAUGUUGCUCCUCCGUGUUAUCUUUCCAGUCAUUUUGAUACUGCUGACUAGUACAUCUACUGAACAGACUUCAGAAACUCUACUGUCACACCCGGACAUCAAAAACACUACAACGUCAGGUAAUUGCAAAAAUAUUCGUGACUAUAAGCCAUGUUUGAAGAACACUUGUCCAGAGUACAUGCCUUGCUAUUGUAAGGAUGAGAAAGAAUACUGCCGGUGUACAAACUUUAAAGGUCCCUUGGGGGAUUACUGGAAUUUGGGAGCCAAAUGUGAACAGCAAUGGAAUACCCUAGACCUGAUUCUCAUAGCUGUAAUUCCUGGAGUUUGUCUGUUCGUUAUUUUUGCUGUCUGUGUGCAAUGUGUCUACAGCUGCAAAAAACUGAACUACAUUGCAAAAGCCAAUAAAAGAAAGGAAUUAAUUGAAAAGAAAAUCACUCGUACAUGUCCUGUGAUAAUCAGCAAUCACCAAAAUGCAGGUUUUCUGAAUGAUGAAGACGAUGGUGAAGACCUGAGUAGUAAACACCAAAAUACGAUUUAUCCUCCAAGAAUUCCAAAGGUGAAUACAGCUUACCUAGACCAGGAAGAACAAAGCCCUGCUUCCCAAAUAAUGCAUAUUCCUAAAGAGAAUAUCAGUUACCAUCAGCCUGAAAUGAAUAUCGGCAGAAUGAAUUUUUCACCUCUUAUGAGCCAUGCAAAUUCUUCACACCAUGAACAUCAACAUGCCAUUUCCCAAUACAGUCCACUUAAUGAAUUUCCUGAGCUGGGCUAUGAGAUAACUCCAGCAAUAGCCAUUAAAAGGCCUGAGGUUUUGUCUCCAGUCGGACCCAGACCAAGUUACCAAAGGGGACAAUUAUUUGAGGAUCUACGUCAUCAGCAAUCUCACAACCCUGUCAGAUAUGGAAGACCUCAAUAUUAAGCAGCAAAGAUACAAUGAAUGAAAUAAUCUAAUCUCUUUUAAGCAUAGAAAGUGAACAUUAGCUCAGUUAGCAAAUUAAUUGGUUAGCAAAUCAAUUCAACUAAAAAAAUCCAUAAAUGAUCAAUUAAUAAAUAUUACAGUUGUAAAAUGAAAUGCGAUGCUGGAGAUCUUGAACCUGACCUCUCCCACGAAGUCAAUAGCGAUGAAUGUUUUCACACUGUAAGGAGUCUAAAUCUAAGUCUAAGAAUUAAGAUUUUUUGCAUGUUCUGCUUUUGAAAAUUUGCACUCGAAACAUGCUUUUAUAUUACAUGGGCAUGUGCGCAAGAAUGUAACUCUUUCUCACUUCAGGUAUAGAAGCCUCGAUUUUAAAUCUUAAAGGUUACUUGUUGAACUGGGGUUGAAGUAGAAGGAUAAUAUCCCCUCCACCGCAGCAUAGUAGUUAGGCAUGUGAUAGCAGGGUGUGGCAAGUUAGCAGGCCUUUCCAGUUGAGGGAAGAAAGCUUAGGGCAGUAAAGACCCAAAGUUUCCCGGUGGAGACCAGGACGACACAUGUUCUUCAUGUACGAUAGGAAAACAAAAAGAAAAUUACAAUUACAUGAAUGGAAAGGAAUGCAGGUUUGGUAUAUUACAACUAACCAAUUUUCUAUCACCAGUUUCCUGCUUUCUCUUAUCAAGAAUAUUUUAAUCUCUUUAAUCUCUUACUCUUAUCAAGAAUGUUUUAACCAACAAAGUCAUAAUGUUUAAUUUUUAAAAAUUCAUUCACAAGACAAGGGUUUCACUGGCUGGGCAUUUAUUGCCUAUCCCAGAGGGCAGUUAAAAAUCAACCACAUUUUUGUGGGUCUGGGGUCACUUGUAGUUUAGACCAGAUAAGGGUGGCAGUUUCCUUCCCUAAAGGGCAAAAGUGAACCAGAUUGUUUCUUUUCGAAAUUGGAAAUGGUUUCAUGGUUAUCAUGAGGCUCUUAAUGCCAAACCUUUAUUGAUUUCAAAUUCCACCGUCUGCCAUGGCAGAAUUCGAAGCCAUGUCCCCAGAACAUUACCUGAAUCUCUGGAUUAACAGUCCGGCAAUAAUACCACUAGGCUUUGCCUCCCCUAAUUGUGAUAAACAAAUACUUUUUAAGAUAUUAUGUAUUAGUUUUGUCAUUUGCUUGAGCUGAAAAGUAGUGAUUCUCAGCUAUCCAUGGAGAAGCAUACUAUCAUUUGGUACAAAUUGCAUGAUCAUAAAUAAAUUGAUCACUAUCUGAAUGGAGUUAUUUAAUUGCGAAGUAUCAAUAUUAAAGUCAU